AUGAUUUGUUUUGUAGAUCUUCCAAAACUAACAUCAAUAACUUCUAGUUUCUUAGGAGUUAGUUUCCGUUUUCCUCGUGUAGUGACAUUGGCA